UGUCAGCCAGACAAAGACAGUCAGUCUGAUGUGAUUGAGACAAGGGUGGUUUUCAGGGGGAGACUGGGAGAUAGGGGCCUCCCCUCCCCCUUCUCCUCUUCCUGCGCCGGCCUCAACCCCUCCCCAGUCCCCUCCCGACUGGCGCCCCACGCGGAAGACACCCCUCCCCCUCCCGCUUUCCCCUCCUCCCUGCCUCAGCCCUUCGUACUGGGACGUUGGGGAGGGGGCUGUGCCGGGCGGAGAGAACUCAGCAAGGAUUCUGAGAAUGGUUAAUAACGCUGAUCAUCUCUAGGAAGGAUAUUGAUUCACCUCAUGUAAAGUAUGCUCAGUUCCUUUCCAGUGGUUUUGCUGGAAACCAUGUCUCACUAUACAGAUGAACCCAGAUUUACCAUAGAGCAGAUAGAUCUGCUUCAACGCCUUCGGCGUACUGGAAUGACUAAACAUGAAAUUCUGCAUGCCUUGGAAACUUUGGACCGUCUUGAUCAAGAGCAUAGUGACAAGUUUGGAAGAAGGUCCAGCUAUGGAGGAAGUUCUUAUGGGAAUAGUACCAACAAUGUUCCAGCAUCUUCCUCCACAGCUACAGCUUCCACACAGACCCAGCAUUCUGGAAUGUCCCCAUCUCCUAGCAACAGUUAUGAUACCUCCCCACAGCCUUGCACUACCAAUCAAAAUGGGAGGGAGAAUAAUGAGCGAUUAUCCACAUCCAAUGGAAAGAUGUCACCCACUCGAUACCAUGCAAACAGCAUGGGUCAGAGGUCAUACAGUUUUGAAGCCUCAGAAGAGGACCUAGAUGUAGAUGAUAAAGUGGAGGAAUUAAUGAGGAGGGACAGCAGUGUGAUAAAAGAGGAAAUCAAAGCCUUUCUUGCCAAUCGGAGGAUUUCCCAAGCAGUUGUUGCACAGGUUACAGGUAUCAGUCAGAGCCGGAUCUCUCACUGGCUGUUGCAGCAGGGGUCAGACCUGAGUGAACAGAAGAAAAGAGCAUUUUACCGAUGGUACCAACUUGAGAAGACAAACCCUGGGGCUACACUAAGUAUGAGACCAGCCCCCAUUCCAAUAGAGGACCCAGAGUGGAGACAAACACCUCCCCCAGUCUCUGCCACAUCUGGCACCUUCCGACUACGACGAGGGAGUCGAUUUACCUGGAGAAAGGAGUGCCUGGCUGUAAUGGAAAGUUACUUCAAUGAGAAUCAAUAUCCAGAUGAAGCUAAGAGAGAAGAAAUUGCCAACGCUUGCAACGCCGUCAUACAGAAGCCAGGCAAAAAACUGUCUGAUCUGGAACGAGUUACCUCCCUGAAAGUAUAUAAUUGGUUUGCUAACAGACGGAAGGAGAUCAAGAGGAGAGCCAAUAUUGAAGCAGCAAUCCUGGAGAGUCAUGGGAUAGAUGUACAGAGUCCAGGAGGCCAUUCCAACAGUGAUGAUGUUGACGGGAAUGACUACUCAGAGCAGGAUACUUGGCAAGUACGCAAUGGGGAGGAGGAGGAGGGAAGAAGUUCAGAGGGAGGCAGAGAAGCAGAGAAGGAUGACAGCACUAGCCAUAGUGACCACCAAGACCCCAUCUCAUUAGCUGUGGAAAUGGCAGCAGUCAACCACACUAUCUUGGCAUUGGCCCGACAAGGAGCCAACGAAAUCAAGACAGAGGCCCUGGAUGACGACUGAUCAGGGAGGGUUGAACAGGAGAAGUUAACUUAGUUUAGACGUAGCACCUUAGCAGACUUUCCUCGGUCCUUAACAUGUGUUCUUACAGUAUAACUUGCAGUUUCUUGUAUGUCAGUUAGCCGUUAGGGUCUUGUUCUGUGAAGAUGGCAUGGUGCCCUCAGCCUUUGCAUAUACUCUCUCAGUAUUAAUUCCCAGUAAAUUAUAACCAAUCAACCAACCAAACUUCCCUCUCCCAGCCCCUGAGGCUAGAAAACCUUGCUGCUCUGUCUUAGCAUUCCAAGAAAGUGCUUCCAGGUAUUUAGAUAGCCCUCGGUUCUCCACUAUUAGGCUACGUGUAAGACCUUGGGUACCUUUAGAUUCCUGUAACACUAGUCUGUACCCUUUUCCUUCCCCAAGACUGAUAGGAUGCAAGCUGAGGUUGUGUGGCCCAGGAUUGACAGACACCAUUUGGGGAGUAUCCGCAGAGUAAAAGGAACACUAGCAUUCCCACUCAGCGUGGGAAUCACUGAUUUCCAGCUGCAAUAAGCCGUGCCUCAUAAUAGUCACACUGUGGCUAGAUUAUACUUCUUUGGGUGCUGUGCUAAGAAUGUCCAUGGAAAAACUUGAUCUCAAAUUUUGGUUGAUGUUAACAUGCCUGACACAGACAUCCUUUCCUCUCACAAGCUGUGUGACUUAGUAGAUAAAAUACUGCCUUCUGCCUUUGGGACCAUGAUUCAGACAAACAAAAAGAUAAAAAACAAAAGUCAUUAAAAAAAAAAAAACCCAGCUUGAGAGCAUUGGAAAAAACAUGAGCUGAAUGUCUAAUGGAUGUUAAGUCCAGUUCUCAGAACCACUGUACGUUGCGUGGCGCAGGUGUGUGCCUGCGUGGAAGAGUGCUGGAGGCCGUCAUGGACGCUGCUCUGCCUCCUGUCUGUGUCCCCUUUCCCUGCUACCAAAAAAAGUCUUUCAAGGAUGGAGCUAAGGUCACAAAUGAGUGAAUGAACUUCCAGUCUUUGUAUCCAUUAACUGAAGCCCCCUCAAUACGAGAGGUUGAUAGAGGACUUUAGAGCGGGAUUAUGCUGGCUGACUAUCACAAAUGCAAAUACUUUCCUAAAUAGGAGCAGAAAAAAGCAGGGGACAGUUGCCACUUACGCGGUGGGUCUUCGAGAUACAACGUGAUGUGACUGCUUUGGUGUUCUCUUUACUCUGUCCUUGUAGAGGUGUGAAAAGCUAUAUUGCUACAGGCAAUUUAUUUAAUAAUUGGAAGCCAUAUUGAUAAUGGAUGUGGUAAUAUUUGUAAAGUUUAAUCUACUUUAAGCGGCAGUAACUAAUGGAAUUUUUUUCCUUGAUCACAUAUGUAGCACUUUUGUUACUUUUUAAAGAUAUUUAUAUUUGAUAAAUCUUUUUUUCAUUUUGAGAACUCAAAAUACCAAACAGUGAACUUGCGUUAUAAAGUCACCCUGUGAUCACCUUGUCAUCUAGUAGCAAAAUGAUGAACUAUUCAUGCAUCAAAGAAAAUUACAUCUGCUGGCCUUGUAUGAAAAUGAUCUCUUGGCAUCCCGAUUAAAUGACACACUGUCACUGUGGGGAGGAGGAGACCGCCUUCGAUGUAGCGGCUGAGGGUGCGUCUGAAGGAGGCAUGCCUGCUGUAUAUUUUCUGCCUCAUUCCAUCUCCUUUCUGCGCACAGUAAAGCCUUGUUUAAAGGGGGAUGUGGGGCUGGCUGUUAACCAGGACUUCUGUCUUGUCGUCCAUUACCUGAGAACGAUUUCUAAGGUGGAAGAAAGGUGCCAUUUCCUUACCUCCUCACCUCUCCUCCCCUAUCGGCCUAAAACCAUUGAGAGAGAGAGACUGACUGACCUUCUUUGUUUUUCCCUUCCUCAUUAGUGAAAUAGUAAAUAUCCACAAGUUUUUAGCUGGUCUGUUUCCAUUUAAGGCACAUGCUGACAAGGUCUUCUCCGUAUCUGUUCAUUCUGCUUGGGCCAGUGUGCGGAGGCCUUUGAGAGGGCAUGAAGAUGCUGCCUUAUAUGGGUCUGUGACUUUAAGGAGCUUUGGGCAGGGACCGGGCCUGCUCUUGGUUGUGGAUUUCGGGCAGAAAAUGUAUAUGCUUCUUCCAAGAACUGAAGUAAAAUGGGGUAGUCUUUUCUGUUUUACCGUAUUACUUGAACCAACAAAUUGAAGAGUAGCAUUUGUUAUUCUCAGGAAUGAUCCCCCUGCUCAUUUUCUUUCUUGGUGUGUUUGACAUUUUAUUUCAAUUAGGAGAUUAUGUUAUCUUUCUUUCCUUUUAUAUUAUGUAGAAGAAAUAUAACAUAUUGUAUCUUUCCAUUUCGGUGGAAUUUUGUCUGCUUAUUCUCGGUUGACUCAAAGAAAAGAAGAGAGAAGACUGUACUGUCUGACAAGCCACAUCCAUGAUUUAUUGUAAGGAGAUUAUUAUAAUUGAUAGCUUCUUUAUGAUGGGAUUGCUGGUAUCAUUUGUUCUUGCUGGUCUUUUUAAAGAAACAGACUCAAACUGUUAAGACAGCUGCAGUUUCUAAAGAAAUACAGUGAUUGCCAGAGAAGAGCUAAAAGGUUUCAUUGUUUUAAGGCCUUAAGAAAGAAAAAAAAGCUUCAGUGAAUAAAGGAGAGUCAGUAUCUAUGAAAGCAGUACUGAGCCAGCGACCUGGAAAAAGUGGAAGAACAUGUCUACCAAUGCAGGAUAGCCUUAUCCUGGGUUCAGUAGGAACAGGAGGAAGGAAGCUUUCAUCCAGAAUUCAUCUUUCAAUUGAAGAAGAUGGCUGGCCUGCUCUGAAGACCCGCUGCCUUACAUACAAGUUUCGCUUUUUCACCAAGAGUGAAAAUGUAGGUCUUUGGGGCCUAGAUUUAAAUCUACCAUGGUUGAUUUGUUUUUGCUUUGGGGUCUGUUUUGUUUUGUUUUGUUUUUUGACAUCAGGUUGAAUUCUGUCUUGUCCAGGCUACCUUAGUUCUUAAAUGGCAUAUAGAGUUGCCACUGUCUGAUUUGUAAUAUCUUUGGCUAGUGAAUUUAUUUUCUUAAGCUUUUUCAGGUUUGGUGAUAUUUAAAUAGAAACGCUAAACUGCGCUCUUACUGAAGGGGAAAGAGCCAGGCUCUUAAAAAAAAUCGUGUUCUGUGCUUUUUGGUUGUUGUGUCCCUCUUCUCUUACUCCAUACUGUACUUCCCUUGGGCCCCAGAGGACUUUCCAGGACUGCUCUUUCCUCAUGAGGAAGACCGAAGGGGUGAGGAGGAUGGGGAACCUUGUCGGCAGUUCCUGUAACUUGUCUGUUACUAUUUUUAAAAGACACUUUUGUAACACAUGGGUAAGCUUCCUGCUCCUCUUACAACACAGCCUUACAAAGGGACCUUCGAAAGAUGGACCAUCCUAGGUGAGACUUCUGCCUUGCUCUUGAUGACCCUAAUGCAAGAUGAAGGCCAGGGAGGGCAGUACAGUACACUCUUAGCUGAUACCUUCUGGUGCCGUCAGUACCAAAUAGACAUUUUGGUUUAUUUCAGGUUUAUUUCAGCAAAGCUUAUAAUUAAUUGUUGAGUACGCCUUAGGGCAGUUUUCUUCACAGUCUCAAUCCUUUAAACUGGUUGAUAGUUAUCUAAGGAAUCUGUCCACUUAUCUAGGGAAUCUGUCCAGUUCCCGUACCCUGUCCUUGGGUGGGACAGCCCCAGCCCCCAUUCUCCUGUUAUUCCUUCACAGGAAGAAAGUUCCUGAAUAGGAAGACCCCUUUAAGGUACCUUUCACUCUGGCUUAGUAGAGGUGACCCCCUAAAGAGAUGUGAGUGAGGAAGCAGCUCAUCACCAUUAGAAGUGUGCAAAUCCAGUAUCCCAGUUCCUGGUAGAUUAGGAUGGCAGGCAGUCCAGUGACCAGCAGUACCACUGUUGGGGCCAGAUAUCCACCAUAUAUUUUUUACCUCAAAGGGGACAACUCAUGAAGAGCUCAUUCAUACACUUGUUUCAGUUCUCCCUGUUUGGCCUUUGUCUUCACAAACUUCGCUCCUGGAUUCCAAACAGAGGCACCAGGUGUAAAUAGACUAAUUUCUUCAGGAAUCUCCAGUGGCUUUGUCUCCUCCUGUGAACAGUUCCUCCUCCAUUUGCCUCUUGGUUUCCAAUACUAAGGUCUCAUCUUGAGCUGACAUCUGUGCUCAGAUUUCAUGUUCCGCAGUAGGCAGAGUAGGUGGGUGUGGUCCUCUCUUCACACAAACACUCCGUCCUGUCUUGCAGGCCAUCCUUUUGACCAGCUACAUAUUCUACUGACCAGCUGCAUUAUCUCUGCCCAUAACAGUGGAAAUAAUCCCUUCUUCAUAUACAAUCCUCCCACCCCUGUCCUAAAAAUGUGAACUUCAAGUCCUUACUCUCUUGGUCUUAAGAAGGGUUUGGGUAGAAGCAGUCUUCCCAUUUAAGUUGUGGCUCUGCCUUUUAAAAUUGCUUUUUUGUCUUUUCUUGUUCAGAGAACAACCGGAGUAUUUUCUCCCCAAUGAGUCUCAACAGAUUCUUAGGCAAUAAUUUUUCUUGUUAUUGAUGAUCUUGUGCUAAGUAGCACUCUACACUGAAUCGUCCUGACCUUUCACGUUGUGCGUUGGUUUUCUCUGUUAAUCUCCGUCCGUGAUUUAAAUCUUAGGUCAGAGUGGUGAUAGAUUUUGUCAUUUUAUUGUUGUGAUUAUUAGUAAUGUUUUACUACUGUAUUCAUUGGGGCUGCAUUGAGACCAGCCAAAUCCAUUUAUAGCUUUACUGAGCCGGAUUUGUUUGUCAGGAUUUCCCAAGCGAAAGUUGGGUGCACUGACCAGCUCUGCUGGUGGCGUCUAUGUGGGGGGAUAGGGACGAAGUGCGGGGAUGCACUGGGGCAGGGGUGGGAAUUACACAUUGAAAACAUUCCUUUUUGUGUGCUCUCUAAAUAGCAAGGAUGUUUACUCAGGAUUCAGGGAUCAGUUGUCAGCCAUAUUGCAUUUGGCUAACUGAGCUGCAUGCCCUGGAAACCCUCUUCCUGUUUCUUAAUUUCCGGAUUGUCUACUUUACAUUACUUCAUUUCACCCAAGUUUUCCAGUUUAAAGAUAUUGCACCAUAAUGAGAACACGAGGUUUUCCCAGGGAGGCAACUAUGAGUGGCCGGGUCAUCCUAUGAAGAUUUCCCUCACCGUAGCCUAUUGUCAGAGGCCCUUUCUUUUCCAGCACCACCGUCUCCUUCAUUAUAUGCUCUUUUCAAAAGAUGACUAUCACUUAAGAGGAAAGAUUUCUUUACCACUCUCAGGAGAACUACCCUACUGGGAUGGUGGGAAAGGCUUUUUAACUGCAUCGGACCUACAGAUCCCUUUCUGAUUACAAAAACUCCUCUCACAAACCUGGUUAUGUUCAGAAAAGCUGUUCUUAAUUCUCUCUACUUAUAAGCUAAAAGUGAUAAGCUCCUGCUUUUGCCGUCUUAGAGGACCCAUCAGUGGUUGACUCACUCUGAAGUGCAACUUUGUUCCUACUGAUGGAUGUUCAAAAGCUGGAAGUUCAUAAACUGUGAGGUGUCUACAUCAGUUUCAUUAUUCUUUCUUGGCAGAGAUGAGAAGCGGCAGCAAAGAGAAAGCUAACGAUCUGAGAAGUCCGGUUUCCUAUAACAUUAGUUUUCCUUUGUAAUUAAGAGGAAGUAGAUAUGGUGGAGAAGAGAAGGAAACUCUGGCCACACCAAAAGAUCUUAUAUCCUGUUCUUACUGUCACCGAGGACCUUGAGGAUAUAGUAGACACCAUGUGUAACAAAUGUGCAGAUCACUGGACUUUUUUCUUUAUACCAUGCUUCACGUGACACCUGGGGCCAAGCAGUGAGUAGAACUAAAUCGAUUGCAUUCAUGUGAAGUCCGACUUGCAUUGUACACCACUGACCCCUAACCGCCACCUUCCACGCCCGUUAGCUCCUUAGCCAGCGCAGCGCCCUAACAGCAAACAAGGAAGCAUCUGCAGGAGACUUUGCCUUGCUUUCCUGACGUCCUUUUUACUUGGCAAGUUUGGGGAUUGAGUUGGACAGCAGUACUGUGCCCUCCUGUGGGUGUCUGAGCCCCACGGUGUCGUGGCAUGGGGCAGCUGUUGAGUGUUACUGGUCGCUAAGGCUGACCUGAAGAGGGCGUAUGCUCAUAGCUCGGCUCCCAGUUUGGACAUCUUCGGGUGCCACUCCCCUAACUCCAUUUGCAUUUUCUCUUUUAAUGAACGUGGCUCUGUACAUCCAUAAUUAACUCUCAAAUUCACAUUGGUGUGCUGUGAUCAAAUGAAGGUUUGCCUGAAUCCUUUCAAAUUGUAACCAUGGUAAUUGAGGGGGGUGGCACAGAAUGAAUAUAUAAAAAUAUAAUGACAAUUGUUCUGAAUGACUGAGUGUCCUCCUGACAUGUAAUUAGCUGUUUUAGCAAGAUGUAGAUUGGCAUGGUCAUAAUUAAAAGGAUUUCUGUCCUUUAUGUGAUUGGAAAUGGCAGAUCUCCCAUUCCCUGUUCCCUUUUAGCACUAAUGCUCCCAAGAACAUUUGGAACAGCAACUCAGUAAACUAAAAUAAUGA